UUCUAUUUGUAACAUUGCCGGCGAAAGUCACUUAAGUAGUCGGGUAAAAUAAUUAUUAAAAUAUGAAAAUCAGUUUUACAUUUGUCGUAAUUUUCAAAAUAAAAAACAGUCGUAAAAUAUUAUUAAAUUUGAAAAUUUGAAAUCGCAAAUAUUUCUAAUAUAAAUCCGUUGUUUAAAAAAUUUCGAAAUAUCUAUAAAGAUUAUAUUAGCAAAAAAAAGUUUGUGCCAAAACAUUCCCAAUGGAUCAUUGUAAUGGAAACACUAAAUCAUUAGAUUUUGCCCCUCGUGAUCGCCAAGGACUAUGGAGCGCAAAUGGUGACAAUGAAGUUCCUGGCAGUGUGUCGGGCCUCCAGCGUUUGCAACAAAAAAAGUUUAACAAGGGUCUUGCAUUUACAUUGGAAGAACGCCAACUUUUAGGCAUCCAUGGCCUAUUACCUGCCGUGGUGAAAUCAGAGGAACAACAAAUUCAACAUUGUUUGUUGUUGUUGGAUCGUCUGGAGUCUGAUUUGGACAAAUAUAUAUACUUGAAUAGUCUUGCCGAACGUAAUGAACGACUAUUUUAUAAAAUUUUGGCAACAGAUAUAUCUAAAAUGAUGCCACUAGUUUACACGCCAACCGUCGGUUUGGCUUGUCAGAAGUUUAGUUUGAUAUUCCAAUACCCCAAAGGUCUAUAUAUCACAAUCAAGGACAGGGGUCAUGUUUAUGAAGUACUAAAGAAUUGGCCAGAAUUUGAUGUUCGAGCUAUUGUUGUCACUGAUGGGGAGCGUAUUUUGGGUUUGGGCGAUUUGGGUGCCAACGGAAUGGGCAUACCAGUUGGUAAACUAUCCCUGUACACAGCUCUGGCCGGUAUUAAACCAAGCCAAUGCUUGCCCAUUACCUUGGAUGUUGGUACCAAUACUGAAAGUCUUAUCAACGACCCCCUUUACAUUGGAUUACGACACAAGAGAAUAGUAGGCAAACAAUAUGAUGAGUUCAUCGACGAAUUCAUGCAUGCUGCCGUACGACGAUUUGGACAAAAUUGCCUCAUACAAUUCGAGGAUUUUGCCAAUGCUAAUGCAUUCCGGUUUUUGGCUAAAUAUCGCAACGACUUUUGCACAUUCAAUGAUGAUAUCCAGGGCACUGCUUCGGUGGCCGUGGCUGGUCUGUUGGCUUCGCUGAAAAUCAAGAACACAAAACUAAAAGAGAACAAGAUUUUAUUCCUAGGUGCUGGUGAAGCUGCCCUAGGCAUUGCUAGUCUAUGCCUUAUGGCUUUGAUCAAGGAAGGCCUGACCGAAGCUGAAGCAAAGAAACUUAUCUGGAUGGUGGAUAGCAAGGGUUUAAUUGUACAAAACCGUCCGGCCGGAGGUAUAACGGAACACAAACAAAAUUUUGCCCAAGCUCAUGCAUCCAUUGAUUCGUUGGAAGAGGCUGUUAAAAGAAUUAAGCCUACAGUAUUAAUAGGAGCAGCUGCAAUUGGUGGAGCCUUUACUAAAUCUAUUCUCGAAAUGAUGGCAGACUACAACGAAAACCCCAUAAUAUUUGCCCUUUCUAACCCCACUAGUAAAGCCGAAUGCACUGCAGAGCAGGCGUAUCAGUAUACAAAAGGAAAAUGUAUUUUUGCUGCAGGUUCUCCCUUUAAGCCGGUGCUAUACGAUAGUAAAACAUAUUAUCCUGGACAAGGAAACAAUUCGUAUAUUUUCCCAGGAGUAGCGUUAGGUGUUCUCUGUACCGGUAUGUUGACCAUACCUGAAGAGGUGUUCCUGAUGUCAGCUGAAUGUCUAGCCAAUCUAUGUAAACCUGAAGAUUUAGCCAAAGGAUCUUUGUACCCGCCUUUAAAUCGUAUUACAGGCUGUUCGGUCGAAAUUGCGGCCUACAUUAUGGAAUAUGCGUAUAAAAAUGGUUUGGCUACGGUACGUCCUGAACCAAAUGACAAGAGAGCAUUCAUAAGAUCACAGAUGUACGACUUAUCAUAUCCACCUGCAGUUCCCGAGGUCUAUAUGUGGGAACAAAAGUUAUGAACCGAUACUACUAUGUAAAUUAAGUUAAUUAAUUGCGUCUAUCACGAAACGUUUAUUUUAUUUUAACUCAUAAAUAAUAUUCUAUACUUAUAAAAGAGGAAAA